AUGAUUGAUGCGGUGAAAAUGGGCUUCAGAAGGUUAUUACCCGAAGGUGCUCCACGAAGGUCUAAAGCUGAUGGAACUGUUGUGCUGCAAAAGUAUGUGAGUCAUCGCUCGCUUGUCCCUAACACCAUGAAGUCCAGUCUAAUCGAGAUGCAAACGAACAGCACGUUUCGUGGCCUCCCUGAACUUUAUCUGCUGCAUGAGGGGUGCGCAAUUGUUGGAGAAUUACUACAGAGUUCACGCCUUGUUGAUACCGGAAUCGCUCCUGUCGUUUUGCAACCAAGCCAAACCAAACUCAAUUCCGAACCUCCACUUUGGCUCCGGCGCCUUCUAGGGCAUCCUUCAUUCUACGACCUACCUGUACAUAUCCACCGUACCAAACUUUAUAUACCCGCACCAAUAUUUUAUAAAUCAGACAAAAACAAUCCAAUCCACUUCACUUCUAUCCUUCCGACUCCUCGAGGACAAAUAUCCUGUUCGAGGCAAAGAACCUCAUCCUCCUUUACCGGUCUAUCCUGGACGAAAUUGGAAGAUUCUGAAGGCGCUAAUCCCAAAACUUCAUAUAUUCUGACCUGCACGUCCCCAUGGCUUCCCGAAUAUUUCCCGUAUACUAUGGAUCGAUUGGGUCUAAAAUUUGACUACACCUCUUGGAUUUCGAGUGAAACGUAUUCAGUACAAUAA